UCCUGUUUUGGUUUGCACAGAAGAAGAGAUCAAACCUCAACAAACCGCUUCAAGUAAAGCCAUGGCAGGCGACAAGAAUCCUCUGGACCAGCUCAAGGACCUGGUGGAGCUGAAGGACCAGCUGGAGGACAUCCAGAAACGGGUGGAGGAUGAGAUACACGCCGGGAUUCCUCCUGGCGGGAGUCUGCUGGCUUCUCCUUUCUUGAAGGGUUUUCUGGCCGGCUACGUCGUUGCUAAGCUACGCUCUUCAGCAUUGAUGGGUGUUGCAAUAGGAGCGUGUACAGGAAUGUAUGCAGCACAAAAUUAUGCAGUUCCCAACAUUGAAAGCACCAUCAAGGACUACAUACGCAACCUGAAAGGAGGAAAAUAGAAAGAAAGGUGCGAAGACGAAACUGUGUCUGUACAGAUAUACUUUGGGUCAAAUGCAUAUUUCAGGUUAAAAACAAUUUUUAUCACCUCCCACAUUGAUCAGUGAAUUUAAAUCUUUUAAAAGGGUCAAGCUUGUUAGUUGAAACAUUGAUUCUUUCUUUGUUUCAUAACUUUUAGUGCAGUCAAAUCAU